AUGCGCUAUUCACCAAAGAUCAUUCCAAACAUAAAGACAUAGAGUAAACAUUAGAAUUAGGAGAGUCAUGAUGUUUUGGUAUUGAAAGUUAAUAAUCCAUUCAGAUCAAAUAGCAAGGAAAAGAAUAAGAGAAGUGAAAUCAAAAUUAGCAAAUCUUAGCUUGAUCUGAGUGCCUAGAAAUCUUAUUAAGAAUAGUAGCAAGAUAACAUAACUAGUUCAGUCUUGUAGCUAUCGACAUAAAAAUCGAACAAAAGUUUGAGAAGCGGGUAGAAGGAAGUUAAUAGGAAUAAUUCAAAGCAUAGGCUAUCAACUGGAAAUCAAAGCUAAACUAAUCUUCAUAACUAUCAGGUCAAAUAGAACAAGGUAGCUGAAAUGAGGAACAAUCAUCAUAUUAAAAGUUUAAACGAUGAGAACUAUCUUAAUCAGAUUGAAUUAAUGCCAAUGUAGGAAGCCUAAAAUAGAAUGUCUUUGGAUGAUAUAAUACAACUGGCUAUUGAUAAAUCCAAGGCUUAACUCUCAUAAAGUAACAAUCUUAAUACUGGGGUGGCCAAGAAGUCUGAUAUUGCAUAGGUUAACUAGAAUUUCACAGACUAGAUUAUCUUCAAUCAUGUCUAAUCUCAAAUAAAUUAAUCUCAAAAUUUCCAACAACCAAUCCAACAGAUUCCUGGUUUGUACUAUUAAUCAAAUCAAGCCUCUAACUAAAAUAUUCUCAUGCCUUAGCAAAAUUUACCUAAUAAUGGGCAAAAUAAUUUAACUCAAAGCAUCUAGCAGCCUCAAUUUAAUCCCCUUCUGACCAAUUAGUAGAGUAUAACAAGUUCCUGUUCACAGUUUUCACUCCCAUAUUUUUCAUAGUAAGAGACGUCAGCUCACUAUCCUCAGCUCCAAACUAGAGAUUUAGAAGAAAAGAUUUCAGAGAUUGUUGAAAAAUGUUUGUUGCAAAGGAAUAUGUAAUCCUAAGAAAAGCUAUCAUACCCUCCUUUACAAAUAAAUAAAUAGCAAUCUACAAAUAAGCUGAUGACUUAAUCAUCUUCAGUGAGUCAUUUAUCGGAAAGAUCUUGCUCCUCAACUAAUAUCAAUGGACCUAGUGAAUUUGAAGGAUUUAAGGAGCUAUCAAAUGAUUUAGUUAGAAGAAUGAAGGAAAUGUAGAAGAGCCUUGAUGACAUGCAGAUUUCUAUUAAUGAGAAAGAUGCAGAGAUUAUUAGACUAAACAUGUGCCUUGGAGAUGAGAAAAAGAAAAAUACUGAUCUCUAACUUUCAACUAAAUGGGAAUAGACAAACAGUACUCCAUAAAGAAAAAGAUCUUAAUCAAGAACUAGCAUUCAUCAUGGGCAUUAAAACAGUAACAGUGAUAUUGUUAGGAAUAUGAUGAUGAUGGAUUCUCCCUAUUUCAAGAAUUAGCAGAACAGCCAAUUAGAUUCUUAAUUCUCUAAUAGUAGAGUUAAUGGAUACCCAAUAUUUAAAUAACUGACAGACACUUCAACUUAAUGCAUUCAACCCAAAUAAAAUUCCUAAGAGAUAUAAACAGACACAACUUCACAGACAAACGAUAUUAAUCUUCAGAAUUUGUAAAAGAAAAUCAAAAAAUAUGAGAAUAUGCUUUAAUCUGAGAGCUAAGCUAAUGAAGAGCUCACAGAUAGAGUUUAAGAAUUAGAGAGAGACUACUUUCACUGCAAAUAGGAAAGAGACAAAAUUUUAAAGCAAGUUAAAGCCCUAUAAGAGUAGAAUUCUAAUUUAGAGUUUUAGUUGACUGAUAGAGGAAACCAAGGAUCAAAGUAAGACGAGCAUAUCUGUUUACUCAAGAAAUAACUUGAAAAGCUUAGCAAAGAAAAUUUACUACUCAAAAAGUAAGCAGAAGAAGCAAAUAGCUGCAAUUCAUGUAUAGACUAUAUCAAACAAAUGAAGAUGUUCUAGUUUAAAGUUGAGGACAUAACUAAGGAAAAAGAGAACCAAUAGAUACAAAUAAGAGAGCUCAAGAAUUUGCUAGACUCUAGAGAUGAAGAAAUUCGUGAAAUGAAAGACUUCUAAUUUAAUAAGAGGUAAAACAGCAUAUAAGGAUUCAAUAUGUCAUUCUAGCAGGAUAAAGAUAAUGAGGUUCAUAAGGAGUUGGAGUCCUAUAAAAAGAGAAAUGAAAUGAAUGAGAUGGUGAUUGAGCAACUGAAAAAAGAACUUGAAAAAUAUGCUUACAAAUUAAUGUAAAUACAAGAGAAGAGUAAAUAACUCAUGCAAAAUCAAAAUCAAAUCUAGUAGUAACAAUGUGUUUCAAAUGGUGUCAAUGGCUUGAUAGGAGGUGGUUAUGGGAAUAAUAAUUUUGGAGUGGUCUAAGAAGAGGAUGACGAGGAUGGAUGGCAGUGA